AUGGGCACCGAAUCACGUCUCGAGCGCAUUCUUCGCUCUCCGCUCCUGUUUACACUCCUCACUGCCCUCCUCGCAUUUCUCUACACCUGGCCAAAAAGAUGGCUGAUAUCAGGAGCGCCACUUCUCACCAUCCUCUUAUUAGCUGGAGAAGCGAAAGGCCAUAGAAUACUGCCUUCUAUCCAUCUUUGGCCCAUCUUCACUACCCUGCAUUUGGGAUAUGCGAUAUGUUCGACCUCAUGGCUUCUCUUUUGGGUCUUCACGGCUUUUGCAUACCCAACCGCUUUUCUGGUAUCGCUUUUUCAAUUUGAGCCCGUGGGAGAUGUUGCGAGAAGGUCUUUGAGGAGGAUUUUGAAGGAUCUUCAGUUCAUCGAUGAUAAGAUCGCUUUCUUCGAUAUUCCGGCCCUGGAAAUCGAUACGGAGGUCGAUGGAUUGAUGGUCUUGAGAGGCAUUACUUUUAGUCUGAGUAGUCUCAGUUUUGUUGUUCAUGGAGUGGAGGUGGGGAUCAAGUUGAGUGAUGAUAUGGAGUUGUCCAUUCAGACUGAGGAGGUCAAGGUCAAGUUAUUUAGGGGCAUUGAGGUGGGCGAUUGUUUUGCGAACUUGAAGGGUGGGGAGUAUGAGAUGACUUUUGGGAGUCUGGAGGGGCAUACGAGGGAUGUGGAUGGUGAUGCGGUGUUUGUGGAAGCCACGCCACUGCUGAAAGCCGCGAGUAUUUAUGGAGAUAGGAGGAGCUUGGACGAGUCGAGGAGUGCAACUCCUAAUGGAUAUGGUGAUGCCUUUGAGGCAAAAGAGGUCAAGAUGACGGAAGCCAUGACUGAUGGAAAGACUCUCGAGGAUGCCGGGGCGAAGGAAGGACUUGAGAGUAUGAAGAAGAUGUCGCCUGACAACGAGGUGGCAAGUGGAAGAUAUCAGAGGACUGUUACCUUCAUCAAAGAAACCAACGCCAUUUACGAGGCCCGGAAAACUGUCAAGUCUCUCAGCAAGAAGAAGUCGGUGGAUGAGAGGACAUUUGAUCAUGAAGAUGACAAUGCCUUGAGAGCAGCAAUUUGCUCACAACUCCACCCCGAGCCAUCUGUCCCGCAUCCGCCUCAAAAGUCGAUCAAAGUCACCACAUUACAGAAUUUGAUGCCCGCAUACAUCAGACGCUUCACUCACCGCCUGCCAAUGCUUCUUCGCCUUCUACUCAACCCUCUAUCUUACUUUCAUCCAGUCAAGAUCUCCUCUAUCACUGCAGCUGCUUCUGGUCGAUGGAUCGACAGCAUACUCAUCGAAAAGAUCUUCAAGUCUUACUGGGAAACAGACUCCGAGAUCCGGUCGCUGAAGAACCGAAUCUCUGCAUGGCUCUCCGAUUCUAACUUCGUCAUCGAGCUUGGUCCCAUCAUCGGUCUUGCUCAAGUACCGUUCAUCCCAACCUACGACAUCAACUGCCAUCUCAGCUUCUCAGACGUAAUGGCAUACCGCGCCCUACCUAAAGACAUAGACCUCAAACAAGUUGUUCGCCUAGGCGGCGCAGACGCCACAUUCAUCCUUCCCAGCUUCCUCCUCCCUCACCACGAACAUCUCUUACCUCCCGUCCCAACCAAGGAAGCUAAACAAGAUCUGGAAAAAGACAUCGAAGACGCAGACGGCGUCCCAAAAGAAGUACAAGCCCAGCACGACCUCGAACAAGCACAGAAAGACGAAACGAACGUCAAGAUCGCCGUGCACGCCCGUCUUCCCGCUUGUUUCGACCAAGAACUGCUCGAUUUCAUCGCCGCGCUGGUGAAAGCUACCAAAGUCGUCGAGAUGGAGAAGGAACCGUCUGUAAUGGACGAGGAGGUCCACGGUAUCAGAGAAUUCUCUAGGGCGCUAAAGGGAGGGCUGAAAGAGGGUGUGAAGAAAGUGGUGGUGGAUGGAGUGGUGAAUGAGAGUGUGGCUUUUCAGCCCCACAGCUACCCGUCCCAGUUUCCAACUCGAACCGCGUGA